AUGGUAUCGGAUAAGGGAGAUAACGAUCGUUAUGCCGUAAAUGAGACUUACAAGAUGUUUGACAAAAAUUUAUUCACCGAGCUGCUGGAGGACAAGCUCCAAACUUUUUCGGCUGAUCAGGUUAGGACAUGGAUCCAGCUGCACAGAGAAGCAAUCCAUAAGAAGGCACAAGAUCCUUCGCUGUCCAAGAAGAAAAAACAAGUUUAUUCUCUUCACAAAUUACUUUUCGUCAACUCAAGUCAUCUUCCAAGUGAGAUGAUUCUUAGAAAUUUGCAUUAUGUUGGUGUGGUAGGAAACCAAAGCUGUCUUGAAUUCGAAGAUAAGGAUCUCGAAUCGGUAGUUGAAGCGUUGAAAAAUUCAGAUAAUGAAUAUCGCAACUUGGUUUCGUCUUUGGGGACGGAGGUUACUGGCAUUAUAGUUUCCAAGAAAAACCCAGCGUUUGAACCAAGUGACGAUAACAAGGAUCUCGAGUACUUGUACGACGAAUUCCACCCGUUUAAACCGUAUAAAGAGAACUUGGAGCUGUUUAAAUUCACCGAAAUUAGAGGAUACAACAAAACGGUCGAUACAUUUUUUUCCACCUUGGAUUCGAAGAAGCAUGAACUACGCAUGGAGCAGCAGAAACACAAUGCCAAAAAGAGGCUCUUGAAUGCUCGCGAGGAAAGAGACAAGCAAAUCGACAAUUUGCGGAUUCAACAGGAAAUGAACUCCAAAAAAGGAGAUGCUAUAAUUUACCACGCAGACUUGGUUUCUGAAUGCAUAGCCUCGGUCCAGACUUUGCUCGACCAGCAAAUGGACUGGGCAAACAUUGAGAGCUUAAUCAAGCUUGAGCAGUCUAGAGGCAAUUCUGUUGCCAAAACAAUCAAACUUCCAUUGAAUUUGACCGAAAACAAAAUUGGGUUAAAGUUGCCAGACACAGAUUCUAUGUACGAUCCUGCGGAUAUCGAUAGCGAGCUGGAUUCUGAAACUAGUUCCGAAUCCGAAACCGAAUCUGAGUCUGAAUCUGAAUCGGGUUCUGAGUCUGAAGACGAAACCCCACCAAAAAGGAUGUCGAAAAAGGCCAAAUCCAAGGAAAUUCCUGCACUCUCAGUAUGGAUAGACCUUCUGCUCUCGCCAUUUGCGAACGCAAGAACAUACUUUGAGUCCAAGAAGCAAGCUGAAAGCAAGCAGGAGAAAGUCGAGAAGAACACUGACAUGGCUCUUCGUAAUGCCCAGAAGAAAAUUGAGCAAGAUCUUGCCAAAAACUUGAAAAAUGAAAACGAAACCUUGCGCCAGGUAAGACCCAAGUACUGGUUUGAGAAGUUUUUCUGGUUUGUUUCCAGCGAGGGAUACUUGUGUAUUGCCGGUCGAGACGACGCUCAAGUUGACAUGAUAUACUAUCGUCAUUUCAGCGACAAUGAUUUUUUCGUAUCUUCAGACAUUGAAGGCUCUUUGAAGGUGGUGGUGAAGAACCCUUACAGAGGUGAAGCUCUACCACCAUAUACGUUGAUGCAAGCAGGUAUGUUUGCAAUGUCUGCUUCUGCCGCCUGGAAUGGAAAGAUAACUACAUCGCCAUGGUUUCUUGCUGGAAACGACGUUACAAAACUCGAUUUCGAUGGAAGUCUCGUACCUUCAGGAACCUUCAAUUAUAAAGGGAAAAAAGAAUUUCUUCCUCCUACGCAGCUCGUGAUGGGUCUUGGAUUCUAUUUCUUGGGUGACGACGACACCACAAAGAAGUAUGGGGAAACUAGAAUUACAAGGCAGAAUGAAAGUGGGCUCAAAGUUGUGAUGGACAAUACGAAGCAAGAUCUUGAAAAGUUGACUCUUUCUUUGGGAAGGGACAAGGAGGAAGAAAACGAAAGAGAGCAAAAAGAAGAAGAGAACGAGAAAGAGGAACAAAAAGAAGAAGAGGAAGACAUGAACUUUGGGUCUCUGGCUCUGGAGAUUGAAAAUGUUUCGCAAACUACUUCUUCCAUUUCUUUAGAUGAACCCCACAAAUUGACCAGAGGAAAGCGGUCCAAAAUGAAACGAGCUGCAAAGAAGUAUGCUGACCAGGAUGAAGACGAGCGCAAGUUACGCAUGGAAAUGCUUGGAACCUUGAAGCAGCUUGAAGAGAUCAAAAAGAAGAGACAAGAGAAUGCUGACCAAGACAAGCAACAAGCUCAACAGCAGCAGAAUGAUAAAUUGAAGCAAACAAGAAAGGCCAAGCAGGAGCAAAGAGAGUAUCUCAAGUAUAUGAGAGAAGAAGUAAACGAAGACGAAUCUAGCAUGGUGAAUUAUUUGGAUAUUCUUGACAGUUUCAUUGCGAAACCUCAACCGAGCGACAAAUUGGUUGCAAUAGUUCCAGUUUUCGCUCCAUGGUAUUCACUCAACAAGUUCAAGUACAAGGUCAAGAUUCAACCAGGCAUGGCGAAGAAGGGUAAGAGCAUCAAUGAAACGUUGCACUACUUCACCACUCGUAAAUUGGACCAGAGCCGCACCGACAUGGAUGUCGAUUGGCCCGAUGAGCGAGCAUUGGUUAGCGAAAUUAAGCCCAACGAUGUGAUGGGAUCUUUCACGGUCAACAAGCUCAAAGUGGUGUUACCCACGGAAAAGGGUAAGGAAACCAAAGGCAAAGGUGUCAAAAAAAAGGGGAAGAAAUAA